GGGGGCGGUGAGACAAUCCGGAAGUGGAUGGAAAGAGAGGUGCCACUUGGCGGCCAUGGCAGCUGUAGUAUCGGCGACACCGGGUCAAGGCCCGGCCGAGUGGAGUACCAUGGGCAGCACCGGGUAUAGGGCAGAGACGGCCUUGUGUCAACUUUGCUGCUGAACCCCUAGGACCCAUCGUUAGAGACGUGCAGGACUCCUUUCCUCAUCCCAGGCUCGGAGGAGAGUUUGCUGGGACUGGUGGGCUGGUUUCCUGCCCUGGGGGGCGGAUCACCUGCAGGGCCGCCUCUUGGAGACUGGGGCGUCUAGGGAACGAACAGGUUCGCUUGGGUUACUUACCCGCUGCCGCCUAAGACGUUGUGCCACCCUCAUUCCGACAAUCGAAGAAAUUGAUCAUUCGCACAUUUUCACCAUUGACUUUUCGCAUCUCUCUUAACCCACGAGAAUCUGUGACUGGCAUCUGAGAACCCAGAGCCUGGGACCUUAGAUUGCUGUAAGCUUUCUCUGGUGCUAAUAUUAGCAAAAAGGAUCUGUUUCCAGGUACUUUCAAGAGGAAGGUGCCUCGUGAACACAUCUGCUGGUGGGAAGGCCUAAAGAACUGGAAAGCCCACUCUCUUUGCACCACCUACACGUGUUUAAAGAACCUAAGCACCUUUUAAAGCCACUGGAAAUUUGUUGUCAAGUGGUGGUGGGUGAAUAAAGGAGGGCAGAAUGGAUGAUUUCAUCUCCAUUAGCCUGCUGUCUCUGGCUAUGUUGGUGGGGUGUUACGUGGCUGGCAUCAUUCCCUUGGCUGUUAAUUUCUCAGAGGAGCGACUGAAGCUGGUGACUGUUUUGGGUGCUGGACUUCUCUGUGGAACUGCUCUGGCGGUCAUCGUGCCUGAAGGAGUACAUGCCCUUUAUGAAGACAUUCUUGAGGGAAAACACCACCAAGCAAGUGAAACACAUAAUGUGAUUGCAUCAGACAAAGCAGCAGAAAUGUCAGUUGUCCAUGAACAUGAGCACAGCCACGACCACACACAGCUACAUGCCUACAUUGGUGUUUCCCUCGUACUGGGCUUCGUUUUCAUGUUGCUGGUGGACCAGAUUGGUAACUCCCAUGUGCAUUCUACUGACGAUCCAGAAGCAGCAAGGUCUAGCAAUUCCAAAAUCACCACCACGCUGGGUCUGGUCGUCCAUGCUGCAGCUGAUGGUGUUGCUUUGGGAGCAGCAGCUUCUACUUCACAGACUAGCGUCCAGUUAAUUGUGUUUGUGGCAAUCAUGCUACAUAAGGCACCAGCUGCUUUUGGACUGGUUUCCUUCUUGAUGCAUGCUGGCUUAGAGCGGAAUCGAAUCAGAAAGCACUUGCUGGUCUUUGCACUGGCAGCACCAGUUAUGUCCAUGCUGACAUACUUAGGACUGAGUAAGAGCAGUAAAGAAGCCCUUUCCGAGGUGAACGCCACGGGAGUGGCCAUGCUUUUCUCUGCCGGGACAUUUCUUUAUGUUGCCACAGUACAUGUCCUCCCUGAGGUGGGCGGAAUAGGGCACAGCCACAAGCCCGACACCACAGGAGGGAGAGGCCUCAGCCGCCUGGAGGUGGCAGCCCUGGUUCUGGGUUGCCUCAUUCCCCUCAUCCUGUCAAUAGGACACCAGCAUUAAAUGUUCAAGGUCCAGCCUCGGUCCAAGGCCGUUUGCCAUCCAGUGAGAACAGCCGGCGAGGAACAGCUACUCACUUCCUCAAUCUCUUGUCUCGCCUUGCCCAUCUCCACAUGUAUUCCUAGAGUCCGGAGGGAGGUGAGAUUAAAACCGGAGUAAUGGAAAAGCUUUUAGAGUAGAAACAUGUUGCAGUUAGCUGUAGACAUCCCAUUGUGUUAUCUUUGAAAAGGCCCUUGACAUUUUGAGUUUUAAUGUUUCUCUUGACCCUAUUCUCAGGGAAGAUGAAAUUUAGUUUUAAGGAAAAGAGGAGAAUUUCAUACUCACAUCAAAAUAGUAAUUAUGAAAAUACAGUGUUCUGUAAUUCAGUUUCUGCUUAGUUUAGAGGCUCUGCCACUUUAUCCAUUGAUUUUUAACAUGGUUCCCACCAUGUAAGACUGGUGCUUUAGCAUCUAUGCCAUAUGCCUUGAUGGAAGGUCAUAGCACCCACUCUCUUAGAUGCUAAAGGUGAUUGUAGUUAAUUUGGGAUUAGAGUCAGGAAAAUGAUGGCAAGACACAUUGAAAGCUCACUUUAUACUCAAAAGAGAUACCCAUUUAAAGGGGAUGUCUAGAGGGACUUAAACAGCUCCUUUUGCACAUGCCUCUCUGAAUCCAGCCUGCCAUUCCAUCAAAUGGAGCGGGAGGGGUGGGAGUAGCCUCUAAAGAGGUGACUGGUAUUUUGUAGCAUUCCUUUUCAAGUUCUCUUUGCAGAAUAUCUG